UUCCAUCUUACCAGAUUUAAAUUGAUGGUUUAUAAUCCGGAAAGACCCCUAAUCUGGAAUCGCCGAAGUCCCGAUGGGUCCCGGAUUAAAGACUUUGUACUGUAUACAGUUUAUGUUUUACUGUAAUGUUUUGCUGUACUCUCUCAGGCAUACUUCCCAAAGAAAAACCUUCUGAAAUCAAGACCGUUCGCAUUGUAAAACGGCAGUCAGAGAGACGCAAUCGUGAGCGAGAUAAGAAGAGGGUUACAUAUGAUGAUCAGUCUUCUGUAUGGGUUGUGGAGGAACCUGAUAUUUCUUCUGAUGAUCCAUUGGAUGCUGAAGAAGGAAAUAAUAAAUCUACACCUCUGAGCCACAGACCAUCGUCAAUAUAUCUUUUCUCUUCAAAUACCAGUCGUCAGACAAACACACAAUCUGCUCAUGAGCGUUUGUUUGGUUCUUCUUCUAAGAAAGAAACAUCAUCAACAGAAAAUCAAGAUCAUGUUAGUUCUUCAAGGCGAUCAAAGAGAAGGCAUUACACUGUCAGUGGUUAUCAGUAUAUGCUUGAUCCACAGUUCAUGCAGUACUUUAAGGACAGACCUCGUUCAAGAGAUGAUGUUGACAUGGAACGGUGUCUUCGUACUGCUAACACACCUGAUAUUGUACGUAGCACCAUCAAGAAAAAAGAAGUUUUUGAUGAUAAAAUUAUUGAAAGAGAGCUGGGACUGCCACAAAAAAUUGAAAUUCCUGAGCGCUAUGUUGAGGUGGAGUCUGAAGAAUUGUCAGCUUCUGAAAAGUUACGCAGGAGUCUGAAAGCUGAAAAUAUUUGUAAAAUGCUAUCUGAGACUACGACUACGUAUGAAGAUGUUGUUGAGGAGAGGAGUAAAUCCCCAGAAGCUUUGCACAAAAAACUAAGUGAGGAAAAACGAAAAAGGGCUCACUUACUAUCUUUGAACCGUGCACUUGCUCGUGAAGUGGUUGAGAGGAGUAAGGCUGUUGCAGUUCUAGCUACUUUGGAGCACAUGAUGAAGAAACCACUCACUCCUGUUGAAGAAGAUCUUAGUCCAGUUACACCAUUACCAAUAACGCAACAAAGAUACAAUUUUCUCACCUGAAGUGCUUUUGUAUGCCCUAGGUAAAAAAAAACCUAGUCUUGCCAUUUUUGCUCUAAUCCCAGUGAUUUUUUUUUUUAAUUAUUAUUAUUGUUUUUGUUUUUCUGUAGAAGACAUUGAGCUUUAUUCAGAAAAUGAUUCUUGCAAUAAAUGAUGAUUACAUAUAGCUGAAAAAUUGUUUAUGUAAUAGUUAUAUAUUUUUUAUUAUGGUGGCAAUAAGAACUUAUUAUAAUGGUUUGAUAGAAACAUAUCUUUUUCAUGAUGUCUUUGUGUUUAAUUUGUAUCUGAAGGGUUUUUCUGCUUUUUCAUCAUCAAUAUUUUUCCAUUUUUGGGAAAAUCUUAACUGUUUUUAUUAUUUUUUUAAUUAUAUAAUUAUUUGCUGUAGAUGCUUUUUCUGUUUUUGGCAGCUUUCCCCCCCCUUCCAAAUGUGUUAUACUUUUGUAGAAUUUGAUUUGCCAUAUUUUUCUUACAUUGCAAAUAAUGUAUGAUGUUUUUCUAUAUAUGUUUUUUAAAAGAUAUUCCUGUUUGCAAUAUGAAUGUUUUCCUGAAAAUUAGCUUUUUGGGAAGGUUUUUAAGGCUAUAUGAUAGUACAAAUUACUUAUUAUUUCAUUAAACUGUAUUAUUAUCUUUGAUAGUCAUUCCUCAACUAUUCUGUAAAUGUAUUAUGUAUUUUCUAGUAUUUCAUAUCUUAAAUAUUGAAAAGAUUCUUGCAGAGACUGUGCAGACUGUUGGUAUUUGAAGUUUGAUUUGAACAUUAUCAAUUUUAAUUCCUUUACAAUGGAAGGUUGCUAUAUUUUUGUAUUUACAUGUUGAUAUACAGAUGAUGUUGAAGUGUUAAAUUGUACUUAUAAUAAUAAUCAAAAGUGUUAGGUUUUUAGAGAAAUCUUCCUAUGUUAUUUGUUGAUAAAGUUAUGAGCAUUAUGUGAAGUUUGAAGAAUAAUGUGUACUUAUACUGUAAGGUGUUUGUUUAAUCCCUGAGAUAAAAAUGUAUGAAACUUUUAAUAGAAUUUACUUGCAAAUAGUGAAAAUUUGAAAUGGCAUACUUUUUUUAUUGUUUAUAUUUUAAUCAAACACAAAAUUGCAGGAAAUAUUGUAUUUUCAUUAUAUCCUUUACUCUGAAACAUUGUGAAUAGAAAUAACUUUCAAGGAAAAAAACUUGUCUACACUUCAUAUGGUAUAAAGUGAAUUGCUAGAUAGUGGUACUUCCAAGUUUUAUCACUUCCAUGAAGUUUUUCUAUGGUACUAUAAUUUUAAGGUAUAAAAUCACUGUUAUUCUGAAGAUGGAUUCUUUAACUUAUAACUUGAAAUCUUAGGAUAUGUCAUCUUUACAUCAUUCCAGUUUUUCUUCAGCUUAAUUUAGAAACCUAUAAAUUAUGCUUUCUUAGACUGCUACACAGAGUAUUUGCCUUGUUCUGUAGAUUUAUUUUCAACAAAUAAGGAACCUAAUAGGCUGUUCAGACACGUAGAAGCUAGUCAUGUAUUGAUGCAACUCAUUGUUCCACUAUUCUAGAAUGAAAAUGGGUGGAUAUGAUUAUUUUAUGGUAAUUAAAAUGCAAGUAUCUUUUUUUCUUAUCAUUUUUAUAUACAUUAUUUUUUGUCCCAUUCAUAAAUAUCUUUUUACAAAUCUCUUUUAUACUUGUUAAGCUUUUAGCCUUUAUUUGUGUCAGUUCGUAUAAUAUUUCCUUUUAAAUAUAUAAUAUGAAAGCUAUGAGAAGCAGUAACCAACUACAUUUACUAUUGCACAAUUAUAUUUUGCUAUUGAACGUGCUGUUUUCUGCUUCUACAUUAUGUGCCAAUGUAAUUUAAGAAUUGGGAUAAAUAAAUUUUUUUUUAAAAGAAUUCUACUUUUUUUUGUUAACAAGUAUAUUAAUUUCACAAAUAUAUAUAUAUAUAUAUAUAUAUAUAUAU